UUACCACAAAAAAAUAAAACAGGAAAAGACUGAGCAGAGAAAAAAAGGGAAAUUGCUUUUAUGUUUUGAUUUAUUUAAUUUUGGGGUUAAAACUUAAAACAAAACAAAGUGAUUCGAUCGGUACCUUAGACUCGGCGACAGUUGGAUACAGAGGGGGAGAGAGAGAGAGAGAGGAGAGAGAGAGAGAGAGGAGAGGCAUACCUUUAUGGGCAUCGUUCAUGUCGGAACAUGCGAUGAGCAAGUAAGUACUGAGUAGUACCACUUGAAUCGUCAUCGUUUCAGUCUGAACUGGUGGAUUUGGUUCACUCUUGAGCUCUGUUCCGGUGCUGAAAAAACCCUAGGUCCGUGUUCUCUUCCGACCCUUGAAUUUUCCAGUUGUUGACUCAACUCUGCGAUUGAAUUUGUUUUAUAUGUAUUUGCUAUUUAAAGGCUUGGUUUUCUUCUUUUGAACUUGGAUCAUAUGUUUGGCCAUUUAGUUUGAUUUUAUCAUACAAGGGCAGAGUUACUAGUUCAGAGUUGGAUGAUCACUUUUGUGAAGAUUCUAGAGUAGAGUUUAAUGACUUAAUUCCAAUUUUAUUGCCUCCCUAGUAAAGUGUUUGGGAUCAUAUUUCUCUUUAUGGCCUCAUACCUUUUCUGAUUGUGUUUACUGCUGGUUCGAUUACCUCGAUCAAAAGUUAACUGAUUUCAGAUUUGUGGUUGAUAGAUCUGAUUCGAGCUGUUAUUAGCUGGUAUCUAAUGUUUUGAGAUCCAUUUGGCUUUAGAAUGGUUCAAUUGAUAAAGAAACGUCUUGAUGAAGUCAUUGGGUUCAUCUGCUUUGUAAUGAACUAAAAGAAAAUGCUACUGAUUUUGAACAAAUUGUGCAUUAUAUUGAAGCCUGCCUCCUUGGAAAACGUUGUAUUUAUGCUAUCUGGAAAACACAGUAGCAAAGUGGGUCUUAACGUUGUUAUAUAGAAUAAAGCAUGGAGUAUAUUUCAGAGAAGAAAUUCCCGCUUGAUGCAAAUGAUUAUAAAUUAUAUGAAGAAGUUGGUGAAGGUGUCAGUGCUUCUGUAUACAGAGCACUCUGCGUUCCACUUAAUGAAACUGUUGCAAUCAAGGUUCUUGAUCUGGAGAAGUGUAACAAUGAUCUGGACGGUAUUCGGCGAGAGGUACAAAUGAUGAACUUGAUUGAUCAUCCAAAUCUUUUGCGGGCACAUUGCUCUUUCACCACUGGCCACCACCUUUGGGUUGUGAUGCCAUAUAUGGCUGGGGGGUCAUGCUUGCAUAUAAUGAAAUCUUCAUUUCCUGAGGGUUUUGAGGAGACUGUUAUUGCUACAUUAUUGCGUGAAGUUCUCAAAGCUUUGGUUUAUCUUCAUGCUCAUGGUCACAUUCAUAGAGAUGUGAAGGCUGGUAACAUUUUAAUCGAUUCUAAUGGUGCAGUCAAGUUAGCUGACUUUGGAGUUUCAGCAUGUAUGUUUGACACUGGAGAUAGGCAACGUUCUAGAAAUACUUUUGUUGGAACACCUUGCUGGAUGGCUCCUGAAGUUAUGCAGCAAUUGCAUGGAUACGACUUUAAAGCAGACAUUUGGUCUUUUGGAAUAACUGCACUCGAACUUGCUCAUGGUCAUGCCCCCUUUUCCAAGUAUCCACCAAUGAAAGUUUUGUUGAUGACUUUACAAAAUGCUCCACCAGGUCUUGACUAUGAAAGGGACAAGAGAUUUUCAAAGUCUUUUAAAGAGCUUGUUGGCGCAUGCUUAGUGAAGGACCCAAAAAAACGCCCAACCUCAGAAAAGCUUUUAAAGCACCAUUUUUUUAAGCAUGCACGUUCUACUGAUUAUUUGGCCCGCACCAUUCUAGACGGUCUUGCUCCAUUAGGUGAUCGUUUUAGGACAUUGAAGGCAAAGGAAGCUGAUCUUCUUGUGCAGAAUAGUGCACUCUAUGGGGAUAAGGAGCACCUAUCGCAGCAAGAGUACAUCCGAGGAAUCAGUGCCUGGAAUUUUAACCUUGAGGAUUUGAGGAAUCAGGCUGCCCUUAUUCAGGAUGAUGACUUGUCAAAUGAAGAAGAGAUGAUGAAGAAGCAAAUAGAUGAGCAUAAAGAUGUUGGGAUUCCAGAAGAGAGGCUGUCACCUGAAAUGGCCAACCAAUCAAAUCCUACUUCUAAUCAGGAGGAUGGGUUUAAUGAUCUUAAGGAUUUGGAGAGUUCACUUGCUUCCUUUCCUAUUAAACCUCUUCAGGCACUUAAAGGUUGCUUUGAUAUUUGUGAGGAUGAUGAGAAUGCCACUAGUCCAAGAACUAUGUGCCAAGAAAAUGGUAGAACUGAUGGUGAAUGUUCUGGGCAAAGUUCAUCUAUCCCACGUCAUAUUGUAGCUGAGCAUAAAAAGUUUUUGAGCGGUACACUCCUUCCAGAUAAUGUUGUUUCACCUAAAAGGGUUGUUGGUGAAGGUAAUAGGGAUUAUCCACAAUCAAAAUUUCAAUCAGAGCGAAAUUAUAGUGGUUCACUGUCGUAUCGGCAGAGGCGAGAUGUCAAUAAUCCUCCAUCUGCUGAGGAUACAUCAGACGGAGCGAUUGUCCAACAUAAGGGUCGGUUUAAAGUCACUUCAGCGGAAUUGAGUCCCAAGGGUCUUACAAAUUGUUACUUCAACCCAAUCUGUGGUGGUUUAACCAGUCCAGCAUCUGCAAACCUCACAGCCUCAGCCGUUCUUCCAUCACUGCAAUGCAUUUUGCAGCAGAACACUAUGCAAAGGGAUGAAAUAAUUAAAUUAAUGAAGUACGUGGAACAAACCUCUGGCAAGCAAGCAGAGUUCACUGAUGUAGGAACUUCUGACCUUUCGCAGACAUCUUAUGCUUUAUCCCGGGAGAGAGAGCUGCAGAACCAGGUGAACAAUUUGCAACAGAGCGUUGGGAGUCUUAUUGAGGAAUUGCAGAGACAGAAAAUGAAAAAUGCCCAGUUGGAAAGACAAUUGAAUUCUUUGGCCCACAAAGAGGAAGAAUAAGGCACAUGACCUUGUUAACCUUGAUGGCAAUGUAUCUUCACGGUUCAAAAUUUUAAUAAUUGGUUGCAAAGAAUGAUGACAAGCAAAGAAAAGAAACUGCUUGAUAAACCGAGUGCGUGACCAUAUGGAAAUUUUCUGGUCGCCGAAGCUAUACUACACAAGAUAAUAAAGGGCAUUCUUUUCUACUAUACUGUUCAUUGUACCAUAUGUGUGAAUGUGUGUUAGAUGCAGAAACCCAAAAAUUUUGAGAUCCAUUUCCUCAGUCUCCCCUUCUGUAAUUUAUUUUGCUGGAUAUUGUAAUUAUGUUCUCUCCCAAACCCAAAUGAAAAGUGCAGUGACAAUAGCCUUGGGCUAAUUUUUAAACAA